UGUAAGAUUGUCAAACUACCAUACCCAGCAGCCCUUGCGGCCACAGACCGGAAAAGGUGGAGUUUGAGCCAAAAUGAGGGAAAAUAAGAACAUGUCCGAGUCCCCCUCUCAAGCGGGAAAAGAUCUACCGGCGAAAAAACAAAAACUAAGCAGUGACGAGAACAGUAACCCUGAUUUAUCAGGGGACGAGAAUGAUGAUGCUGUCAGUGUGGAGAGUGGGAACAACGCGGAGCGCCCGGACACACCCACCAACACCGCCAACGCCCCGGGCAGGAAGAGCUGGGGCAAGGGCAAGUGGAAGUCCAAGAAGUGCAAGUACUCCUUUAAAUGUGUCAACAGCCUGAGGGAGGACCACGGGCAGCCGCUCUUUGGGGUCCAGUUCAACUGGCACAGCAAGGAGGGAGACCCGCUGGUGUUCGCCACAGUCGGGAGUAACCGGGUAACUCUGUAUGAAUGUCACUCUCAGGGAGAAGUAAGACUCCUGCAGUCUUAUGUCGAUGCAGAUACGGAGGAGAACUUCUACACGUGUGCGUGGACCUACGACACCAACACCAGCCAUCCGCUGCUGGCCGUCGCCGGGUCCCGCGGCAUCAUCCGGGUGAUCAACCACAUCACGAUGCAAUGCAUCAAGCAUUACGUCGGUCACGGGAACGCCAUCAAUGAGCUCAAGUUUCACCCGAGGGAUCCGAAUCUCCUUCUGUCCGUUAGCAAAGAUCACGCUCUGCGUCUGUGGAACAUACAGACGGACACUCUCGUGGCAAUAUUCGGUGGAGUGGAAGGUCAUCGAGAUGAAGUCCUGAGUGCUGAUUUCGAUCUUCUGGGUGAAAAGAUAAUGUCAUGUGGGAUGGACCACUCCUUAAAGCUCUGGAGAAUCAAUUCAGAGCGGAUGCAGAAAGCCAUCCGGGGGUCUUAUGAGUACAACCCAUCGAAGACCAACCGGCCUUUCGUCUCACAGAAAAUUCACUUCCCCGACUUCUCGACACGAGACAUCCACAGAAACUACGUGGACUGUGUGCGGUGGCUGGGCGACCUCAUUCUCUCAAAGUCCUGUGAGAACGCCAUCGUCUGCUGGAAACCGGGAAAGAUGGAGGAGGACCUCGAUCACAUUAAACCGAACGAGUCAAAUGUGACGGUUCUGGGCCGCUUCGAUUACAGCCAGUGUGACAUUUGGUACAUGCGCUUCUCCAUGGACUUCUGGCAGAAGAUGCUGGCUCUGGGAAACCAGGUGGGCAAGCUUUAUGUUUGGGACCUAGAAGUGGAAGACCCACACAAAGCAAAGUGCACCACGCUGACCCUCUCCAAGUGCACGUCGGCCAUCCGGCAGACCAGCUUCAGCCGGGACAGCGGCAUCCUGAUCGCCGUGUGCGACGACGCUUCCAUCUGGCGCUGGGACCGCCAGCGCUGAGCCGCCUCGCUGGAGGAGAGCCGACGGGCUCCCGAUGCUUCCUGACCCCCCCCCCCCCCCCCCCCCCCCCCCCCUCCCCUGUCGUUGUUGUUGUUGUUCAGAUUCACGCUGCAAGAAAUGUCUGUUUGAACGUUUAAUUAUUUAAAAAGAGGCGGGAGACGGGGAUUCCUCUUUGUUUUUCGCGGUGUCUGAUCAUUCCUCCCCAUGCGGGAGUCCUUCCUUUACGCCAACGUUUCUGAGCCACAACACUAGAAAACAAAAAGAUGGACGUUGUUACAAGUCGUAGAAAAGUAUUUUAAGUGAAUCUGGAUUUAAAUGUACUGUAACAGCAUGUUGGUGAAGUAUUGGACUUCAGGUUCUUGCCCCGCGUGUGCCUUCUAGAUUUCUAUGCAGCUCCUUCGUGGAAAGUGAAUCAAUAACACCCAGACAUGAGGAAUCUUCUCAAUCCACAGGCAGGUUUGUUUUAUUAACACACAACCGAUGAAACGCCCAAAGAAGGACUUUCUUUGCAGUGGGGCACGUUUUAUACUCACUGGUACACACACGAAAUGAAGACUUGUGUCCUUUUUAUUAUCUACAUUCCUUUGUUUUCUUUGAUGACUUCUUCCCACUUCCACACACACACACACACACACUUUGACUGGAGGCUUUGAGGACACUCAAUAAAAUGUAUUUUAUAAAUAUAUAUAUACACGCAAGAGUCAGUUUGUGCAGCUAUUUGGUAUUGAUCCUCGACACUUUCAUAUGGCUACAAAUCUGAUGGAAAAGUGGGAUUUAGUCUUUCUGUAAUUUGGCUUUUAUUUUGAAAUUUACAACUUAAUCCCGCUAUAAAAUAAAGUGGCGUUCUUCUAACUUUAUUCACUGCUUGUAAUUCAAACUUUUUGGAUUUGAAUAAAAUUAUUUUUCUACAGA